AAUGCGCACUAUCCUCUACGGAAAGAAGGCUGCCAACCUCUACACCCAGGCGUUCGUUCAGAACACCCAGGCCCGUGCUCUCUACCAGGAGUCCGAGGAUACCUACUACCGCGCCAACGAUGCCGCCUCCUACGAUGACUGGCGCCGUGCUCGCCACCAGUGGGAUUACUUCUACAACCGUCAUUAA